UUGAGCGUAUCUUUACUACAACCAGUCAGACUACUACGGCUUACGUUGCAGGCAUGACUAUGGCUAAAGGAGUAGGCAACUUAGCUGACACUCAGUCAGGUAAUAUAUCUACACAGCUAGAAUGUGUCGACUGCAUGGACGAUGAUUUUGAAACGCUCGCUAAAUGCUCACGGGUCAUGAAAUAUGAGAGAAAUAGGCGGGAAACUUUCAAAACCUGGCCGGCGUGGAGUUGUCAAAGACUGGAGUGUUUGGCUAAAGCUGGGUUCUACUACACGAAGAUCAGUGACAGAGUGCAGUGUCCAUUUUGUUUCGGUGUCCUCAAGAAAUGGGAGACUUGGGAUGAACCAAUGUCUGAGCACAGACGACAUUUCCCACAUUGUAAAUUCAUCCAGGGUGAGGAUGUUGGGAAUGAGCCCUUAGAAGGCAAUACAGGACUAUUCCAGCACCCAGUAGCUCCGGUCUGUGUCGGAAGUGAAAACAGAGCGAACGUCGACUUUAGGAAAGAAGUCAAUCGGUUGGCAUCAUUUUCAAGAUGGCCACUAAAUUUAAGUCAAACACCUGAAGUUCUGGCUAGAGCAGGAUUCUACCACGUUCCGUGUGAGGAGAAACCGGACAGAGUGAGAUGUGCCUAUUGCCAGGGGAAACUGUAUAACUGGAAACCUGAAGACGAUCCUUGGAUUGAGCAUGCUAAGUGUUUCCCGUCCUGCCCAUAUGUAAAGCUGUGUAUGGGACAAGAUACUAUUGUAGAUAUGCUGCAUGAGCAACGAGUUGUCGACUGUAAAAUAGCCAGGGAGAAGAACACGCCAGAAUCUCUAAAAGAUCAACAAAGCUCUGCUCAGGAAAAUAUUUCCUCCCCUGAGGAUAACAUGACAGAACUCACGCGCAGUGAGGCAGUUCUAGCUGUGCUUCAGAUGGGGUUCUCCCAACAACUUGUUCAAGAGGUUCUGAGGAACAAUAGCAAAUCAAGUAAAGGAAAGUGUUUCUCUGCACAAGAGUUGGCGACUGAUAUUCUUGACAUGGAAAAAGCUCUUGAGACAACAAACAUCAAAUCCAAAACUUCUGCUUCUACAGAAAGGACACAAUGUAACAGAACACAGCCUUCUAAGACAGACACCAGAGGAAUGUGUGGUCUGCAAAACAACUCAACAUCAAACAAUUCUCCUGUGUUGGAAAACAUCAUGGACGAGAACUCACGAAUUAAGGACCGGUACCUGUGUAAAAUCUGUAUGGAAAGCCCAGUGAGGGUGACCUUCAUGCCCUGUGGUCAUCUGGCCUGUUGUGGGCCCUGCUCCAUGGCAGUGUCCAGUUGCCCCAUCUGUCGGAAUACAAUACAAGGACGUGUUCGGACUUACUUCUAGGACUGAAUAAACUCUUGCUGUUAAACACUGUUCAUGAUUCCGUCAGUGAAGCUCGAGUGAAAUUACUUUCAUUUACCACUUAAUCAUCACUGUCUCGUCUGUAGUGACAAGUCCAAAUAUACAUUUAUGCUAUGUGUGCACAGUAAAAUCGGUACCUUUCACAUAUGCAACCUGAAACAAAAUAUAGAGUUAUAGUAAAAAAUAUUGCAGACAGCCAUAAGCAAGUGAAGAUCGAGGAAAUACAUAUUUCAGAAGUGCGGAUACAAGUGCGAUUGCAUGGUAGUGAUUUUGGAGGAGGCGAGAGAGUUAUUCUCAUUUGUAUGAGGGACAUAGCAGAAGUUUGACUUGGCACUAUAUAACUUUUUUUCAUAUUUUAUUUUAUGCGCACAUAAACAGUAUUUAGAAUGAGGCUGUGAGUGAAGCACUGGUCAAGAGAACAGAUGGACGUUUCAAGCAAUUGUCCAUUUUACAUAAUAUUUACAUGCCUUUACUUUUCCAGACUUUCCAUGUGGAGGUUGUAUAUUUACAUCAAGUCUCCCACUUUUUGUUUAUUUGUUUGUUAUUAUAUAUAUAUAUAUAUGUUUACAAUGCAUUUUUACUUGUUACUAAUAAAGUUUUGUUAAUGA